UGUGAAGCCUGCCGUCUAUGGAGGAAAUUUCUGUCAAUCAAAACGUAGCCUAGCAAGGUUGUUUCGCGAUGUGAACUAAAAGUGGACCUUUUCGGAUCCUUACAAAAGCCGAAACUACGGAUGACCUCUUGACCUUGUUGGCAGGAAACUAGUCAGACCAUGGCCGCUGGUGCUGCAGUCGGGGAGGGUCAGAUCCAACGGAUUAUCAGAGAUCUGCGUGAUGCUGUUUCAGAACUGACAAAAGAGUAUAAGGAGAACGGCGAGCCCAUUACAGAUGACAGCACCAACCUGCACAAAUUCUCCUACAAACUGGAGUACCUGCUUCAGUUCGACCAGAAGGAGAAAACAACUUUUCUGGGAUACAGAAAAGACUACUGGGAUUAUUUCAGCGACUGCCUGGCCAAAAUCAGAGGAGCAAACGAUGGAAUCCGCUUUGUUAAAUCAAUUCCAGAGCUGAAGACGUCUCUGGGUAAAGGCAGAGCAUUUAUCCGUUACUCACUUGUGCAUCAACGGCUGGCUGACACACUCCAGCAGUGCCUCAUGAACCACAGGGUCACCAGGUAACACUUCACUGUCACCU